AUGGCCACUCCUCAUCCGAACCACGCACAUCCUGGCCCUGUCGGCCCUGAUACCUUGAUCACUGUCAAGGUCAUCAUCGAUGGUACCAAUCGAAGAUUCAAACUCGCUCUGCGUGAUCUCGGUGCCAACACCCUCCCUCUCAAGCUCCGUCUUCUACUCGCCAUUCCUGCCGAACACGAAGUUCGAUUCGACCGCUUCUCCGACUCGGCCGGAACCUACGUUACACUUGAUAGCAACAAUCCUGCCAUCUACAAGCAGCUAUACCGAGCAGCAAAGGCAAAAUUGAAGUUGCGAUUGAAGGCUACAAUCACCAAGCCUGUCAAGAUGGAGAAGACCGAGGAAGAGCCCAUCGACAACAAUGAAACAACCCCAACGAACGCCUUGUAUACCUUGCCAGCCAACAAUUCGACCAAGCCUAUGCACAGUUUCUUGGAUACUGUCCUAUCACAACCCUUGAACAACGGACCUGCACCAUGCUUCAAAUCAUUCCAGCAGACAUGCUCAUAUUCUCCGAGAUGUGCUAUUCCAGGGGCCUUCCAUCCAUCCGCGAGCACCGAAGUACCAGCCAAAGUUCCUCAAGCCCCGACCGGAGACCUUUUCAGUCUUCCCACUCUACCUUCAUUGAACGACUUCCCCUUGACCACCUACAGCAUCGACUGCAAUCACUGUGGAAAGUCCGUGCCCAAUGAACAUUACCAUUGUAGCAUUUGUGAAAAUGGAGAUUUCGAUCUUUGCAAGGCUUGUGUUGACAACGGUGUUUACUGUGAUGGCGAUGAACACUGGCUCAUCAAGAGAACCAUCAAGAGUGGCGUGGUGGUCCCCAGUGUCACAGAGACUCUGCCUCCAAAGAAAUUGGCAAAGGCUGCCACCGCCGCUUCAGAGGAAGUCGCAACCCCAACUGAUCAAGAGAUUGAUGAGGAUGAGCGCACCUGCAACUGCUGCAUCAACCAACUGAAUGCUCGUGAAUUUGUCACCUGCAACGAUUGCCCGGAUUUCGACCUUUGCUUGAACUGCUUCGCCGAAGGUGAGCAUGGACACGAUCCUUCACAUGCAUUCCACGAGACUAUCGAAAACUCGGUGGACGUCAAGAUCAAGGCUCUGUGUGCGCCAGGCCGUGGUGUCAAUCAUGCAGCUAUUUGCGAUGGUUGUGACAAGGGUAUCGUUGGAGUGCGUCACAAGUGCUUGAGCUGCCCAGACUUCGACUACUGCUCCGAAUGCGUUGGAUUUGCCUAUGCAUGGCACCCCGGCCAUCGGUUCGCGGCUUUGUAUCGUCCGCUUGCGAACCUGGACGUUGCCAAGGAGAUCCAUCGUGGCAUCUAUUGCGAUGGGCCCUUGUGUAAGACAUACAAGAAGUACAUCCGCGGCGAUCGUUACAAGUGUGCCAUCUGCCACGAUACUGAUCUGUGCGCCAACUGCGAGGCCCUUCCCAACGGGCACAAUGCCACUCAUCCAUUGAUCAAGAUGAAGAAGUACCUCAGUCAAUUCUCCAUCACCACCAAAGAGGUCACUGGAUCAGGCCAGGAAGUUUCCCUUGGUGACAAGCCUCUUGCCAAGCAUGCCGCUACAGAAACGACCAGGUGCACGUCCGCCAACGCUGCCACUCAAGUUCAAACCGUGGCCGAGGUCAAACCUGCUGAAAGUGCACCCGUGGUAGCUGAAAUACCAAAGGCAGACACAUCCACCCCCAACAAGCUGAACGUAACUGAUUUGCAAGCCUGGUAUGUAUCAGACUCGACUCCAGAUGGGACCAAGAUUCCACCCAACCAUCUCGUCUCACAGUCAUGGACUCUGCGUAACCCAGGACCAGAGGCUUGGCCUGCUGGAUGUGCUGUCUACUACAUUGGAGGAGAUGAUAUGCGCAACCUGGACAAUGUGCACCCAUCCAGUGUCAGUAACAUGGUUCUCGCCAACCGAAGCAAUGUUCUUGCACAAAGUCUCGAGCCAGGCCAAACUGCCGUCUUCACGGUGAUGGUCAAAUCGAAGCGUCAUGAGGGACGGUCCAUCUCGUACUGGCGCCUCAAGACUCCCGGAGGCGUUCCGUUCGGACACAAGCUUUGGAUCGACAUCCAAAUCCAAAGUGUUCCUGUUGAGCUGCCCAUUCGAUCGGCACUACUACCUCCGUCACCUGCCAGUGUUGAGACUGAAGUCGAGGUCAAGGAAGAAGAGCAAUCCCAGUCCAGCUCGAUUAUGAUUUUCCCCAAGCUUGACAAGGAGUCUCCUGUUUCGAGCACUCACAACAUCAGUGCCGUUGACACUGAAGAGUCUCCUGCUGCAGUGAUGGAGCCUGCCAUGAAGACUGAGGAGCAAGAGCUUUUGGAAGACGUCGAGAGUCUUGAACUAGAGGAGUCUGAGAGUGAAGACGAAGCCUUCCUCACGGACGAAGAAUACGAUAUUCUUGAUGCGGACGAUGAGGACUUUCUUAUCGGCGGCAAGUGA